AUGAACAAAAGAGACCAACCCAGGUCGUCGAGUGAGCGUGGGAUGUUGUUUGGUGGUGUUUCUGAGAAGUCAGCGGAGAUCACCAUUUUCAUCGGAUGUGAACAGGACCCUCAGCUGCAGGGGCAUGUAAUUAUACGCAAUGAUGCGACGACCGAGGAGCUUGAAGUUGCUAUUGCAAACCACAUUCGUCUCCCUCUCCCUUCCUUCUUCAUCACCUGGAAUUCCCAGCGCCUCAGCCGACUAGCUCCCCUCUCCUCCCAGGGCAUUGUGUCUUUCAGCACCGUCCAUGUCUUUCCCAUCAAGGCAAUGCAAGACAAGCAUAAAGCCGACCAGGAGAAGAAUAAAAAAGAUAAAGCGGCCCGGUACUAUGUGGGUCGUGAUGGCAGCGUUAAGGUCCGACGACGUGAUCGUCAAAAGGCUAUGGAAGAACGAUUAAGAAAGUCGGAUGGGGACCAGGAUGAAGAGGGGAAGAAGGGGCUCCCUGGUUUUAGGCAGUUCUGCAACGCCAUGGGUGUCAGCGACGAACCCCGCCCUCGCUCAUCGGAUCCCUUUAGGCCACCACACUUGUCCUCCAACAAGAAAAGACCACGACCAGCGGAUCAUGACGACUUUCUUUUCAUGGGGCACGAGCCGGUAGAAUCCCAUGUGUCUCGUCAUACGGAGGUCACGUCUGUGGUGCCUCCAGCGAAGAGGGAGGCAGAUGGAUGCAGGGGCCCUCUCACCUUGCCUUCGCGGCACCUUCACCCCGAGACAGUCUCGUCCUUCCCAGGCGUCUCCUCUGCUUUGCCUGUCUUUCCCAGGGUAUCACCAGGGUACAUUAUCCAGCCCAACAAUCAUCUCCCUUCGCCCCCUCGUGACGAUUCCGCCACCAGGCGGCAAGUCGAUGUCUUUUCCGACUUCGAUGAUAGCCAGUGCGAACUACGCGACUAUGACCCUCCCUCUUAUGUACAGAGAGAAGAGGGCAUGGUACCUCUUACCAGAACUUCCACACCUUACCAUUAUUCAUCGGCCCAAGUACGCCUAUCGCGCGAGAGAGUAUUUCAUUCACCCUCGCUCUAUUCUACUCCUUCACCUUCCGAUCCGCCAAUACACAUCACACCACCCUCUCCGGUAAAUCCUCCUCCAUCCCCGGUGUAUAAACCACCCUCACCGGUCUACGAAUCCCUCUCGCAACCUCCCAUAUCGAGAUCUUCUUCAUCACUCGUUCCCGUGCCCGUACGUCGAUCAGUAUUCCCCCGAAUCGAUCAUCGCACCAGUGAUAGACCUUCCUCCCCUCGCGUGCUUCCAGACAGGCCUGUGACGUUCUGCAGAGAAGACAGGAGUUAUCCUCCCACCGAGUGGUCUCAUGUUUCCUCUCUCCCAUUGCGUUCUGGUGAGCGCCCAAGACUGCCACAUGGCGUCUAUCCCACAGCGAGAGAUGGAAGGAGGAGCAACUUUCCAAUAUCUCCUCCCCGAUCUUCCUCUGCCGAUACCGUUGAUCGAUACCGAACAAGGGACGAAAGGUAUGACCUGCUCCCCUUACGCUCCAUAUCCGGUCUUUUUCCUCCGGCAGAAUGGGGUAGAUUCUGGCAAGUGUGUACGCUCGGCUCUAGCUCUCGCUCGCAUGAGGAGUUGGAGGCGACUACAGGGUGGCAGUCUGGCAAGGGUCGAGGACACUAG